AUGGCGGGGAGAUGUGAUGUCACAGAGCUGCCAGAAGGCCUGCAACCGGCCGAAAUCCGAGAUAUCAACUUUCGAAUGUGCUGGGACAACGACCACAACUUGGGAGAAGGGUGCAAUUCAAGCGGGAAGUUUGAGUCACUCCAAGCCCAGCAUUCACCUGGGCUUGAAAUGGAUAUAUUUGGACCCGAAAUGGCACUUGCUCAUGCUCUGUCUCCCAGACUCAAAGAGCAGGGUAUCCAACGAGCCCACUUUAUCAAAUUCGCCAUGGGAAGCACCAAUCUCCACAGCAACUGGAAUCCUUCCAACAACAAUUCUGAAGGUAAAAUGGCGAGCAUCGGAUAUUAUCCUCGUUUUUUGGAUUUUUGCAGGACGGCCCUUGAGUCAAUUCGGGAGGGGCAGUCUGAUGUUGACUGUCCGCUUGGUGGAAUGUUUUGGCUUCAAGGGUCAAGCGAUUCCUCCAAAGCCAAAGACGCCAAUGCUUAUUUGGCCAAUUUUCAGCACUUUACAAAGACAUUCCGAGAAGAUCUGGCUGUUCCUGACAUGCCGGUUGUGGUAAGCCCAAUCAUCUGGAGCGGCAAAAAGGUUCACGUUGUCAAUGACGCCCUGAAGCAGGCGGGGAACUCCGCCGUGGAGCGUUGCAUUUGCAUUGAUCCUCUUGACAAGGAUGAGUUUGGCGUGCAAGGUGCCGACGCAGGACUUCGUGCAGGCCACCUCACCGCUGCUGGGCUAUGUGAAGUUGGUCGAAGGAUGGGUGAGGCCAUGCCAUUGCCCGCUGGUUCAGAGCUUAAAAACUAAUAUGCAC